GCGUGCAGAGAGGGCAUCAUCCAGCAAGCUAAAUAAAUGCAUUGUAAACGUCAACCUUCGACAGGAUAACAACAACAAAAAACUUCAACUCCCAACAAUCAAAGCGUUAAUAUGUAAAUUUGUUCGAUAUAAACGAACGAGUAAAGAAUUUGUGCGGCUUUCGUGCAGAAUAAAAAUUAAAAUACAAAACAAAAAUCAUGCCGAAUGGAUACACCCUGUGAUUUUGUUUCUUUGGUGUUGAAUAAUUUAAAAAAAUAUAUAAAUAUAUUGUUGAUUCUCGUGAAUUAAAAUACCUAAUAAUUGUUUCUGUGGUAAAACGAGUGAGUUCAGUGAAAUAAAGAAAAAAUAAAGUGAAGAAAAAUAAAGGAACGAGUAUAAUAUUGCGUUUACCUUCUGCUCGUUACUUUCUUUCAACGUGCGUCUUCGUCUUCGUCUUCGUCGUCGUCGUGUUUGACGUCAAAUUUUUGACAAAUUAACGGUAGGCGGUGUCGUUUGUGGUUCGAGGCUUGGAUACAUCGAAAUGGCAGUAUCCUGCCCAGAAGUGAUGUACGGUGCUUAUUAUCCAUAUCUAUAUGGCCGUGCUGGACCUAGUAGAUCAUUUUAUCAAUAUGAGCGGUUCAACCAAGAUUUAUACUCAGCAUCGGGAGUACCAUUGGCUUCUUCCAGUGCAUCUGGCAGUUCGCACUCGCCAUGUAGUCCAAUUCUCCCGCCUUCGGUUAGUGCAAAUGCGGCAGCGGUAGCAGCUGCAGCCGCACAACAUGCAAAUACCAACUCUAGUUUAUCAGCGUUACCAAUAGGAAGUAGUAAUUCAAUACAUAGUAGAACAUUAACCAAAGAGGAGGAUCUCGCGACGACGCGGAGUGAUAAUGAAGGUAGACUAGUCGGAGCACAUCACAAUGAUUCCUCAUGUUCAUCGGGUCCCGAUUCUCCUCGCCAUCAAUCCAGCUCAAAAGAUCACCCCCUAGACAGUGCGAGCAGUCAAGGCCAUCAAUCUAGAGCACAAUAUAUUUCAGCAUCCUGCGUUGUCUUUACAAAUUACUCCGGUGAUACGGCAAGUGUUGUUGAUGAACACUUUUCUAGAGCACUUAAUUUUAGUAACAAAGAAAGUAAAGAAGCAUGUAGUCCAAUGUCAGCUAGAAACUUCCCACCUUCGUUUUGGAAUAGUAAUUAUGUGCAUCCUGUGCCGGCUCCAACGCAUCCUCAGGUUAGCGAUUUGUAUUCAACUGAUGGCGGUUACACCACAGAUCCUUGGGUGCCACAUGCGGCACAUUAUGGAUCUUAUGCACAUGCAGCGCACGCUCAUGCAGCACAUGCGCAUGCCUAUCAUCAUAAUAUGGCUCAAUACGGAAGCUUACUGCGACUGCCCCAGCAAUACGGUCAUGGGUCGAGAUUACACCACGAUCAGCAAACAGCACAUGCGUUGGAAAGUGCGGCGGCGUACUCAAGUUAUCCCACAAUGGCAGGACUGGAAGCACAAGUACAGGAAUCUUCUAAGGAUCUCUAUUGGUUCUAGGUUGUUUUAUUUUUCAUCUUCUUCCAAAACCUUCUAAAAAUAAAACAAUGGAUGCGAGAAUGUAAAUUUAUGUAGGAAAUGAGAUAUUUCAAAAAAGUUAUUGAAUCAAGGCUUGAGAAAAAAACUUCUUUUUUUAACUAUGCAUAAAUAUUUAUUUCAUUUCUUAACUUUUCUUUCUAAAAUUGUUUUAUUUAUGUGCUGUUUGCAAAUAUGUAACCAUUACAAAAAAAAAAAGAAACACCAUCACUCAGGCUGUAAAAAGUGUACUUUUUAAGUUAAAAAACAAUCAAAACAUCAAAAAAAUGUAUCAUCAAAAACGCAUAUAAUUGUUAAACUCUUGUAAUAUAUUUAAAUAAAUUUUAAAAAGGAAUUCAAAAAUAAAUUAAGAAGAACAAACCUCUCUGUACGUAAUACAUAUAAUAGAGAAUUGAUAAUAUUUCUUUUUUUCGUGCAAAAUACCACUUAAUUUACAGUAGACCAAAAUAUUUUAUAAAUUUAGUUAAACAAAAUAAACAACAUAAAUUGUAUAAUGUAUA